UUAAGGUCGAGGAUGUUUAAAAGCACGUACAUAGAUUCGAAGGUCGGUGACUCAAGAUUUUUCAUGUACCACGAAUGCGUAAUAAUUACUGUAAAAGUUGAUGGUUAAAAAAUGUUUACAAGAGACAUCAUCUUCAAAACAUCAAAGGUGCCAAUGGUUGUUAAAAUUUCGAUGAUAUAAUAAACCGGAAGAAUAUCUCGCUUAAAAAAAGAUUUGAAAACAGAUUACGCAAAAGUCAAAGUUCCGUCGAUCCAUUCUGUCUACGACGAAAACUGACAAAUCAAUAUAAAUUUUUCGUUAGCAUGGGAAGUGUCCCAAGUAUAAUGUCUCGUAUUGAUUAAUUGUGAGAAAUUGGCUAGUUUAACGAUCGAUAAACUUAUCUUUAUUGAUGUAAUUACAAGUUGAUAUGGCAACGCGAGUUAUGUUUAUCCCGAUUCAAGUCAGACUUUUUACGUACACAAGAGUGCAAAAAUGUAAUGAAAGAACAGUAAUCAAAAGCAUUUUAACAUUUUAAAGAUAUUAAUCAAACAGGUUUUUAAUAAUGGCAACGCGGGGCAAAAGCAAGAAAAAAACUGGCGUGAAAGCUAAUGGAAAGAAUAAUAGAAAAAAUGCUAAAAGUGGCAAUGGCAACAAGAAUAAGGGAUCGAAAAAAUCGAGAAGAAGCGGUGGGAAAACAAGAUUUGCUAUGGAUAUCUUUAACGAGGAAGUGAUGGAAAAUGCUUAUUAUACAUGUCAUAAUAUCAUGGACGUGCUUAAAUGCCGAGGUUUCCCAUGGCCAGAAGCUCAGAAAAAGAAAAAAGGAAAAAAAAAGAAAUAAAUAAUUGCAG